AUGAGACUCGUCGUGAUUGAUUAUGCGGGUCUCAGUACCAAUCCAAAUGACGUUGGAGAUUUUCUCAAGGCGUACCCGCAAAUCAAGGAGUUGGUCGUAGACCAUGGGCUCGCCUUCGAGCUGUUUACUUGCAAUGAGCUCAUCAACAAUCAAGAACGGCUGGCGAAAUUCAAUUGCUGCACAGGCCCAAAACAUCGCUCCUUGUUAUAA